CAGAGCGGCAGCGGCGCCGCAUGGGCGGGGGAGGGAGAGCCCAGCGGCUGGAGAGACUCUGUCGGUGGCGGCGGCGGGGACGAGGCAGGGACAGGGGGGGCGACGGCAAAAUGAAGUAUCAGAAAUACCUGACUGUCUUGCAGAUGGCCAUAGGGGUGACCGCCUCCAACAGGGGCAGUCUGAUGCCCUUAAAGAGGAAGCUGUGGGUAACUCCAUCUUCCGAAAAUCCCAAUGGUGCUACCUGUAGUGUAAGUCAGGGAAAGCCUUCUUUAAGAAGAAUAAAAGGGAGAAUACACAGAAGCAAAAGUCUGGAUAGCAUUGAUUUCUGUGAAUUCACUAGCACAACAAUGGAAGAAACAGCUAUAUGGGAACAACACACAGUGACUCUUCACAGGGCCCCUGGAUUUGGGUUUGGUAUUGCAAUAUCUGGAGGAAGAGAUAAUCCUCAUUUUCAGAGUGGUGAAACAUCAAUAGUUAUUUCUGAUGUGCUGAAAGGAGGCCCAGCAGAAGGACUGCUACAAGAAAAUGACCGUGUUGCAAUGGUUAAUGGCGUUUCAAUGGAUAAUGUUGAGCAUGCGUUUGCUGUUCAGCAACUGAGGAAAAGUGGGAAGAAUGCCAAAAUUACUAUCCGAAGGAUGAAGAAAAUUCAGAUUCCAGUAGCUCGACAGGAACCUGAGCCAGUGUCUGAAAACGAUGACGAUAGCUAUGAUGAAGAGAUACGUGAUCCAAGAAGCAGCCGUGGUGGUCCCAGUUCCAACAGAAGGCACGAGAAGAGCUGGGUAAGAGACCGAAGUGCAAGCAGAGAGAGAAGCUUAUCACCAAGAUCUGACAGAAGGUCAGUUACUUCAAGUCAGCCUGCAAAACCUACCAAAGUAACACUGGUGAAAUCAAGAAAGAAUGAAGAGUAUGGUCUACGGUUGGCAAGUCACAUAUUUGUGAAAGAAAUAUCACAGGAUAGCCUUGCAGCAAGAGAUGGCAAUAUUCAGGAAGGAGAUGUUGUACUGAAGAUAAACGGCACAGUGACAGAAAAUAUGUCCUUAGCAGAUGCAAAAACACUAAUAGAAAGGUCCAAAGGCAAGUUGAAGAUGGUUGUUCAGCGAGAUGAACGAGCUACGCUGUUGAAUGUCCCUGAUCUUUCUGACAGUAUUCAUUCUGCUAAUGCUUCAGAAAGAGACGACAUUUCAGAAAUUCAGUCGCUGGCAUCAGAUCAUUCCAACCGAUCACAUGACAGGCCCCGCCGCAGUCGUUCACGAUCUCCUGACCAGAGGUCAGAGCCUUCAGACCAUUCCAGACAUUCUCCACAGCAGCCCAGCAACGGCAGUCUUCGAAGCAGAGAAGAUGAAAGAAUAACUAAACCAGGAGCCAUCUCUACGCCUGUAAAGAAUGCAGAUGAUAUUUCUAAAACUAUGGAAGAGGUGGCAGGCGAAAGAACUGAAAAGCAAACACCACCACUCCCAGAACCAAAGCCAGUAUAUGCACAAGGAGGUCAGCCAGAUGUGGAUUUACCAGUCAGUCCAUCUGAUGGCCCUUUACCUAAUUCAACCCAUGAAGAUGGAAUGCUUCGGCCAAGCAUGAAACUGGUAAAAUUCAGAAAAGGAGAUAGUGUGGGCUUGCGACUAGCUGGUGGCAAUGAUGUUGGCAUAUUUGUAGCUGGUGUUCUGGAAGACAGCCCUGCAGCGAAAGAAGGAUUAGAGGAAGGAGACCAGAUUCUCAGGGUAAACAACGUAGACUUCACAAAUAUCAUCAGAGAGGAAGCUGUCCUUUUUUUGCUUGAUCUCCCUAAAGGCGAAGAAGUAACCAUUUUGGCACAGAAGAAAAAAGAUGUUUAUCGUCGCAUUGUGGAGUCUGAUGUAGGGGAUUCUUUCUAUAUCAGAACUCAUUUUGAAUAUGAAAAAGAAUCUCCUUAUGGACUAAGCUUCAACAAAGGUGAAGUGUUCCGGGUGGUGGACACUCUGUACAAUGGUAAACUGGGUUCAUGGCUGGCGAUUCGAAUUGGCAAGAAUCAUAAGGAAGUUGAAAGAGGUAUCAUACCUAAUAAAAACAGAGCUGAGCAACUAGCUAGCGUGCAGUACACGCUUCCAAAGACAGCAGGAGGAGAUCGAGCGGAUUUCUGGAGGUUCCGAGGUUUGCGUAGCUCAAAAAGAAAUCUCCGAAAAAGCAGAGAAGAUCUUUCUGCUCAACCUGUUCAGACAAAGUUUCCUGCCUAUGAGAGAGUUGUUCUUCGGGAAGCUGGAUUUCUCAGACCAGUGACCAUUUUUGGUCCAAUAGCUGAUGUUGCACGGGAGAAACUAGCUAGAGAAGAACCAGAUAUUUUUCAAAUUGCAAAAAGUGAACCAAGAGAUGCUGGUACAGACCAACGUAGUUCUGGCAUUAUUCGUCUUCACACUAUAAAACAGAUAAUUGAUAGAGACAAACAUGCUUUAUUAGAUGUCACUCCUAAUGCAGUGGACCGUCUGAAUUACGCACAGUGGUAUCCUAUUGUAGUGUUCCUGAACCCUGAUUCUAAGCAGGGUGUGAAGACCAUGAGAAUGAGGCUGUGCCCAGAAUCACGAAAAAGUGCCAGAAAGCUAUAUGAAAGAGCUCACAAACUACGUAAAAAUAAUCACCACCUCUUUACAACUACCAUUAACUUGAAUUCGAUGAAUGAAGGAUGGUAUGGAGCUCUAAAGGAAGCGAUUCAGCAACAACAGAACCAACUGGUAUGGGUUUCAGAAGGGAAGGCAGAUGGUGCUACAAGUGAUGACCUUGAUUUACACGAUGACCGCCUUUCUUACCUCUCAGCUCCUGGUAGUGAAUAUUCCAUGUACAGUACAGACAGUAGACAUACAUCUGACUAUGAAGACACAGAUACAGAAGGUGGUGCUUAUACGGACCAAGAACUGGAUGAAACUCUGAACGAUGAGGCUGGGACUCCUCCUGAAUCUGCUAUUACACGUUCUUCUGAACCUGUUAGAGAAGAUUCUUCUGGAAUGCAUCAUGAAAGUCAAAAUUACCCUAGUUAUGCAUCUCAAGCUCAGCCUCAGCCAAAUCUCAGAAUAGAUUCUUCAGGAUUUAAAACAACUGUUUCUCAGCCGAAAGCAGAAGCCUCACCUGCAGCCCCUUACCUUUCCCCGUCGCCUGAAUCAAACCCUGCAACCUCAUCAACUUCUGCAGUAAAUGCUAAUGUAAACCUAACUAAUGUCAGACUGGAGGAGCCUACUGCUGCUCCUUACAACUCUUACCAACCACAAGCGGGCCCCUUAAGAACAUCAAGUACUGAGGGAGCUCAUGUAGUGCUAAGAGAUCAAGAGCCAUCAUCCUUAUCGCCGCAUAUAGAUCCAGCAAAGGUAUACCGAAAGGAUCCAUAUAUUAACGAAGAAGCAUCCAGACAAAGCUAUGUCUUAAAACAGCCAGCAAUUAGUCACCCAGUACAGAGACAGGAAAGAGACCCAAAUCUGAUGUAUGAAUCCCAGACUCAGUAUGCAGAAAAACAGCCAAGUAGGGAGUACGAACAGUCAUAUAGGUAUGAUUCUACAAACUAUGUAGAUCAAUUUUCUCGUGGUUAUGACCCUCGACUACAUUAUGAUGAUCGCGUGCCUCCCUAUGAGGAGCACUGGGCAUAUUAUGAUGAAAAACAGCCCUACAAUCAACCAAGAACAGCUUACGAAAACCAGCCUCCUAGGGAUCUUGAUUCUAGACAAAACACAGAAGAGAGCACAGAACGCGGUUAUUACCCAGCACAACCCCGUUUUGAGGAACCCCCUCAGAUGACUUACGAUGGCAGACCUCGCUACGAGCAUGCACCCAAAAACUUCAGCUUACCACAAGUGCGAUACGAAGAUCAACAUACUGUUGGAUAUGACACGCAUGGUAGAUAUAAACAAGAAGCUCAGCCAUACCAGUCAGCCAUAUCUCGAUCUCCUGAACCGAAGCAGUACUUUGAUCCACAUGUGAGGGGCUAUGAACAAGGUCCUCCUCAAGCUUAUAAUGCCAAGGCAGGACAAUUUGAGCCUUCUCAUAGCACUUCAGGUGUCUCUCUUCCUCCUCCCCCUUCGUCACAAACCAAACCAGAAGUUUUGCCUUCUAACAGUAAACCACUGCCUACGCCGCCAUCUCUAGCAGAGGAGGAGGAAGAUCCAGCCAUGAAACCACAGUCUGUGCGAAGUAGGGUUAAGAUAUUUGAAAGAAGAAGAUCACCAUCUCUAGAAAAAAUGAAGGACCCCAGUGAUACAUCAGCUGUCAAGCCUCCAGAACUAGCACCGAAGCCUACACUUACAACCAUGAGUGGUCCAAAACCAACUUCUCAAAGCCAUUAUGAACAUGACAAAACAACUUACAGGGCCCCAGAACCACAGAGACCUCAAGUGAAGCCGCCUGAAGAUAUUGUGCGUUCAAAUCAUUAUGAUCCUGAAGAAGAUGAAGAGUAUUAUCGAAAGCAGCUCUCAUACUUUGAUCGGAGGAGUUUUGAAAAUAAGCCGUCUGCACAGGUUCCUGCCAGCCAUCAUUCUGAGACCACCAAACCAAUACAUUCACAAAAUCAGCUGAAUUUCUCCAAUUAUUCUAAGGGGAAGACAACUGAUGCAGAAUCAAUGGAUAGAUCUGUUGGUGAAAAGCGCUAUGAGCCAGUCCCUCAAGUCACAACUCCUCCUCCUGCUCCGUCAGUACAGUACACACAACCUCAGUCAAUAAACAGUCCUGUCCUGUCUCUCCCAGCCCAUCACAAGCCUGCACUUUCUGAAGUUAACUCUGUCUCUGACCCACCUCCACCUCAGAAUAAGCCAGCAAUUUUCAGAUCCUCUAGAGAGGACACUGUGCAGUCCACUUUUUAUCCUCAGAAAAGCUUCCCUGACAAAGGCCCUGUUAAUGGAACUGAACAGAUUCAGAAGACAGUCACUCCUUCUUACAACCGCUUUACAACAAAACCUUACACUAGUGCUGCAAGGCCCUUUGAGCGUAAGUUUGAAAGUCCUAAGUUCAACCAUAAUCUCUUGCCAAAUGAAACUCAGCAUAAACCAGAGUUGCCAUCCAAGUCUCCAAAUUCUCCUCAACCAAUUUUGAAAGCACACAGCUCAUCACAGCCUCCUGAAUUUGACAAUGGAAUGGAUACCUUCACUGUACAGGUUGACAAGCCUAAAUAUCAACCAAAUAAUGUUAAUGCUGUGCCUAAAGCCAUUCCUGUAAGCCCUUCAGCACUAGAGGAUGAGGAGGAAGAAGAUGGACACACUGUUGUAGCCACAGCAAGAGGUGUAUUUAACAGCAAUGGUGGUGUAUUGAGCUCCAUAGAGACUGGAGUUAGUAUUAUUAUACCACAAGGAGCCAUUCCAGAGGGAAUAGAGCAAGAAAUAUAUUUCAAAGUAUGCAGAGACAACAGUAUACUUCCACCUUUGGACAAAGAGAAAGGUGAAACACUUCUUAGCCCCUUGGUAAUGUGUGGGCCUCAUGGACUAAAAUUCCUGAAGCCAGUGGAGCUGCGCCUGCCACAUUGUGCGUCUAUGACCCCUGAUGGUUGGUCUUUUGCUCUAAAAUCCUCCGACUCCUCGUCGGGUGACCCCAAAACCUGGCAGAACAAGUCUCUUCCUGGGGAUCCAAACUAUCUUGUUGGAGCAAACUGUGUCUCAGUCCUAAUUGACCACUUCUAAAUAUUAAGUUAGCUGACUGAGUAAAUAAUGUGAAACUGAGAUGGACCUUACGUAUAAACUGAACCACUCUAUCAAGUAUUAACUGUUCUAUAAGUGAUAAUGGAUCUUAGUAUUUAAGCAUCUUGCUUUAACUAACAAUGGUUUAGCAAGUACACUCUUUGAACCAUGGUCACAAUACAUGCCACAAGCAGGGAGUGUACAGUGGGAACAAGGUAGGGUUCUUGCAGGUUCUGUAUGCUUUGGUUUGUUGGUUAUUAUUUUGUUUAUUUUUCAUUAUUGUCCUAAAGGACACUACUAGUAUUUCGUAGUUUAAAAACUGAAAGUACCAAUGGGAUUAUAUUCAGAGGAACUGAAUUUGGUUCGUACUCCACUCGCAGAACUACAGAAUUUGGCCUGCAGUUUUAGUACUGUGUGUUUUGUAAUCCACAAGACUACAUUUUGGUCUCUAGUUUUUAAAUGACUUUCUGUGUACGUGUCCAAUGAAAUGGCAGUCAACUUUGGUAGCACAGUUUAGAUGUUUUCCUCUGAGAGGCCAAUACAAACACAUCUAUCUACCUAUUCUAUGUGGAAAAGUUGUCAUAAGAACAGGGGGGAGGGGGAAAAGCAUGUGGGUGACUAUGGUUCAGUUGCCUCUGUGGAUCUGUAAAUUAACCACAUUAUUAUGAACUAUUAACCAGCAGGGAUGCCUUACCCUCAUAUUUUUAAUAGUCUUAGCUCUCAUAGUUCUCUGUAUUUAGUUUGUAUGGCUUUUGUGCUUACCUAGAUAAUAUAUCAUGAGAGACUGGGGAAAGAGAGGAACAAAAAAAAAUUAUGAAUUUGGUUUAGAGAAUGAGUACUGUUUGUUCAUCAGUCAGAAGAGAGUCCGAAGAAAAUGAUGGUAUGUUUUCUGCUAUGCAUUUGAAAAAUUUAUAGAUGUUAUAGACUGCUUGUAUAUAAUGCGUGCAUACCACUUUUGUUCUUGGUUUGUAAAUUAACUUUUAUAAGCUUUACCUUUUUAUAUAUAUAAAUAUAUAUAAAAACAAACACAGUUUCUUAAGGAUAUCUUUGUAUUCUCAUACCUUUUGAGCCUUGAACUUUGACAUCUGCAGCAAUAAAGCAGCAUUUCUACAACAUACAAACAAGGACAUUUUUUAAAAAUGCACAAAGUUGUUACCUUUUUAAGUGCUGCAUUUAAAGAAUAUAAGUCGGAAUUCUCUACUUUGAUUAAAUUCUUGAAAAGUAUCCCUACUGUAAUUUGUCAUAAGGAUGCUGUACUAUGUGCCCUGAAAUGUAUUUUUUUACUAAUAGACAGUUUAUUACGGCACAUUGGCACUACUACUGUUUAGAUAAUAUACCACUGCAUUCUGUUAAUGAGUUAUUAGCUAUUCAGGUGUGGCUGAUUUUUUUUCUCUGCAGUUAUUAAAAUUACACAUUUCUAAAUAUACAGAAUAAAACUGUUUUUAAAAUAAUAAA